AUGUCUACCAACGGCGACGUCGAGCGCGAUGCCGGCUCGCGCCGCGCCUCCCGAUUCUCCAGCCGGUCCGCCCGGUCAGACACGAAACUCGACGAGUACACCCGGCUGGUGAAGUUCAUGUCUACGUACCGCGAGAAAGAUGCGAAUGAUCCCGGGGAGGGAGAGAUCCGCGAAAGUCGCGUGUGGUAUGCGCCGUGGAAGAAGAGAAGGUUUCGCUGGAAGCAUGUUGGCUCGUCGCGCGAGUUUCCAGAGGAGUGGCGCCUGACUGAUAUUCAUCAUGGAUUAUCGGAGUCGGACGUGGAGACGAGGAGGCGGUCAGCAGGGUUUAAUGAGCUGAGCUCGGAGAAGGAGAAUCCGGUUGCGAGGUUGCUGUCGUAUUUCCAGGGACCAAUUCUAUAUGUCAUGGAGAUUGCCAUUCUACUUGCUGCGGGUUUGAAGGACUGGAUUGACUUUGGUGUUAUCAUCGGUAUUCUGUGCCUGAACGCGGCAGUUGGUUGGUAUCAGGAGAAGCAGGCUGAGGAUGUGGUUGCUAGUCUGAAGGCCGACAUUGCAAUGCGCAGUACUGUUGUGCGUGGUGGGGAGGAGCAGGAUAUCCUGGCACGGGAACUGGUUCCUGGCGACGUGAUCAUCGUUGAAGAAGGCCAGACCGUCCCUGCCGAUGCAAAGGUCAUCUGUGACUACGAUGAACCCGACCAAGGGUGGAGCGAUUACCAAAGACUGCGGGACGAAGGAAAAUUUGAAAAGGACGCCGAAAAGUCCAACGACGAGGGAGGGGAGGAAGAGUCUGACGACGAUGAGAAGGGCUAUCCUAUCCUGGCCUGCGAUCAUUCUGCUAUUACUGGAGAGUCUCUUGCCGUCGAUCGAUUCGUUGGUGACCAAGUUUUCUACACAACAGGAUGCAAGCGUGGAAAAGCCUAUGCAGUCGUCCAAGCCACUGGGACGAAGUCCUUCGUUGGUCGCACUGCUUCAAUGGUGCAGAAUGCAAAGGAUACCGGCCACUUCAAGAUGGUCAUGGAUAGCAUUGGAACUGCCUUGCUGGUAAUUGUCAUGGCCUGGCUGCUGGCAGUCUGGAUUGGUGGCUUCUUCAGAAACAUCCCCAUUGCCUCGCCUGGUGAACAAACUCUUCUUUUCUAUACCCUGUCUAUCCUGAUCAUCGGGGUCCCUGUCGGUCUGCCUGUUGUUACAACUACCACCUUGGCGGUCGGUGCGGCUUACCUGGCGAACAAGAAGGCUAUCGUCCAGAAACUGACUGCUAUCGAGUCGCUUGCUGGUGUCGAUAUUCUUUGCUCCGACAAAACCGGAACCCUGACCGCUAACCGCCUCAGCAUCCGGGAACCUUUCGUAUCCGAAGGAGUCGACGUUAACUGGAUGUUCGCAGUCGCUGCUCUCGCUUCUUCCCAUAAUGUGCGCUCGCUCGACCCCAUUGACAAGGUGACCAUCCUCUCGGUCAACCAAUACCCCAAGGCAAAGGAGAUCCUCCAACAAGGGUGGAAAACCGAGAACUUCACCCCAUUUGACCCGGUCUCGAAACGAAUCGUUGCGAAUGUCUCCCUUAACGGAACCCGCUACACUUGCACGAAAGGAGCGCCUAAAGCAGUCUUAUCAUUAACCAACUGCUCAGAAGAAACUGCAAGAAUGUACAGACAGAAAGCAACUGAAUUUGCACAGCGUGGCUUCCGGUCGCUUGGUGUGGCUGUUCAGAAAGAGGGGGAAGAGUGGACCUUGUUAGGCAUGCUGCCUAUGUUUGAUCCCCCUCGUGAUGACACUGCUCAAACAAUUGCUGAGGCACAGAAGCUAGGCAUCAAGGUCAAAAUGCUUACUGGAGAUGCUAUUGCUAUUGCAAAGGAGACGUGCAAAAUGCUGGCUCUGGGCACGAAGGUCUAUAACUCGGAGAAAUUGAUCAGUGGUGGUCUCAGCGGCGCCAUGGCUGGUGAGCUGGUAGAGAAAGCAGAUGGAUUCGCAGAGGUCUUCCCAGAACACAAAUACCAAGUUGUUGAGAUGCUGCAGGAUCGUGGUCAUCUUACAGCCAUGACUGGAGAUGGUGUCAAUGAUGCGCCGUCUUUGAAGAAAGCAGAUUGUGGUAUCGCGGUCGAGGGUGCCUCAGAGGCCGCGCAAUCUGCAUCGGACAUUGUGUUCCUAGAGCCAGGGCUUUCAACUAUCAUCGAUUCCAUCAAGGUCGCCCGCCAAAUCUUCCACCGCAUGAAAGCUUAUAUCCAAUACCGAAUCGCCCUCUGUCUACACCUAGAAAUCUACCUCGUAACGACAAUGAUUAUCCUGAACGAAAGCAUCCGUACCGACCUCGUCGUCUUCCUAGCCCUCUUCGCCGACGUCGCCACCGUUGCAGUCGCCUACGACAACGCCUCCUACGAGCUCCGCCCUGUGCAAUGGCAACUGCCAAAAAUAUGGGUUAUUUCCGUCAUCCUCGGCAUCCUCCUCGCAGCAGGAACGUGGGUAAUCCGGGGCACACUCUUCCUCCCUGACGGCGGCAUCGUCCAAAACUGGGGCUCGAUCCAAGAAAUUAUCUUCUUGGAAGUCGCUUUAACAGAGAACUGGCUAAUUUUCGUGACCCGCGGAAGCUCCACAUGGCCAUCUCUACCUCUAGUGGCAGCCAUUCUGGGUGUCGACAUACUUGCUACUAUUUUCUGUCUGUUCGGAUGGUUCUCCAACCGCGAUAUGGUUACUGAUCCGUAUGAUCAGUAUAUCAGCAAGGAGACGAGCAAUGGGUGGACGGAUAUUGUGACUGUUGUGCGGUUGUGGGGUUACUGCAUUGGUGUAGAGAUUGUGAUUGCGUUGGUGUAUUACGUUUCGAACAAGAUUGCCUGGUUGGAUAAUCUGGGCAGGAGCAGACAGAGUAAAGGGGAUGUGGCUAUUGGAAAUGUGCUUGCUCACAUGGCUAACCUGUCGUUGGAGUUCGAAAGGGGUGAAGAUGGCAAUGGGAGGGUCUUUUUGGCUUCGGGUAAGGAGGAAGAGGAGGUCGAUUAGGUGUGUCACGGUGCUGAUGUGGUUGGUGGUGUGAUGGUAAGAUGUUGUCGAG